AUGGCUACGCCCCCAAUUGUGAUUGCGGAAAACGACACCAGUGCGAACAAAACGGCAGCCGGUCAUCUCGGCAACGGUCAACAACCUGCGGAAGCAGGGACAAGUGGCAAGCUCGUGGACGGCAGCAAAGGAAAUCAUGACAACUCAACUUCCAACGACACUUCUGACUCUGACAUGACUACAUCAGGCCCAGAGGACCAGGAUGACGAGGACUUCAUUCCUGUGAAGACAGGACGCAAACGGAAGCGCAAGAUCGAGAGCGCCAGUGAUGAGGAAAGCAGAAAGAAAGCCAUCGUUUCACUCGGUCGGACGGUCAUCUUCGCACCGCAAGACCCGACGAUACUUCUGAACAAGCUCAACGGCCUGAAGCUCACGGAGGCUCUAAAUAGUCACGCCCCUACCGAAGUUGGUGAAAUUCGCUGCAACAAGAGAUUGAACACACUCGCGGUGGACACACGAAAUCAAGAAUCCACAGCGUCCUUGCUGCGAAUCAGGAAGCUCGUCGGCAUUGCAGUGCGGGCAUACGAGCCUCGGAAUCCGAACACUGCUGUGGGCAUUAUUCGGGACGUUGACGCAAGCAUCUCGGAGAAAGUGUUGCUUCGGAACCUAAGCGCGAACAUGACGAAAAUCACGCAGGUGCGUCGUUUUGCUGACACGGAAACGGUUCGCGUCACUUUCGCUUCUGCGACCCUACCGGAACACGUAUUUCUGGGCAGAGUACGACAUAAGGUCGAACUAUACGUUGAUCGACUAGCGCAGUGCAGGAAGUGUGGCAAGUUUGGACACGUCAAGGCAGUUUGCACUCGCCCCGAGGUGUGCACCAGAUGCUCUGGCUCCCACGCGAGCGAAAGAUGCGAAGCCGAAAGGGCCAAGUGCGUGAACUGCAAGGGCGCACAUGAGGCAACCUCGAAAGACUGUGUGAUCUGGCAACAAGAACGAGCCGUAAACAAGUACAAAACAAUUAACAAAGUAGACUUCAAAACUGCCCGAGCUGCCGUCCGAAGCCGCGGCCAGCGCAACAUCGAACACGACAACUUGAUCGUUCUUCAGAACCGUUUCAGUGACCUUUAUGAUGAGACGCAGGACCUCCCCCCCGAGCAGAGCAAAGCAUCACAGAGUGAAACACGGAGUUCGCACCCUGCACGGCGUGCAUCAUCAAACCCUGAAUCAGUCUCUCGGGAACAAGGUGCAUCGAGAGAACAGCGCGUGGAGCCUCCAAAUAGCAUUAGAGAGCAAGGCACAUCCCAACAUUCAUCGCAGCGCACAGCACAGCGGAAUUCAUACAGUCAUGCGCUCCGCACUGCCUCUGCUCAAGCACAAUCACAGCCAACCAGCAACCGUAAAACCUCCCGAAGCGCGACCGGCAACGAACAGCCCGGCCUGAUAUCCUCACUGGGAACCCUUGCACGAACUGUAAUGCCAGUGGUCACGGAACUUCUGAAGCAGUUUGACUCUCCUGUGGUGCGAGCGAUUCUCCAAAUAAUCACACUGGUUCAGCAAUGGCUCUGCGAUGGAGCUUGCUAG